AUGUUCCCCAUAGUUGCGAACACGAUCAUUCGCUCGGUUCACAAUUUCGUACAUUCCACCGCCGGGAUUCGUAUCGCAGGUUUGAGCUGCAUUAAUGGCUAUAAUUGUGACACCUUCGGCGGUUUAUUUGCCACCGAGUCGCCGCCUACCGUCGGCUCGACCAAUGUGGUCGCCAUAACGGCGCCGCGAAUGUCGACUCCACGCCUCAAUCGGGCACUCCGCUUAGCACGUGGUCUGGCCUUUGGCCGCGUGGCCAUUUGCCAAAUGUCGCGGCCAAACGUAACGGAUAGAGAUUCUUCU